GCUUACAUUAUUAAAAUAUUACAGCGGUAACAGACGUCUUAAUCAGUCGGGAGGAUUAUUUUCCUGACUGUGGAACGUUUCACAGUGAACGUUAAAUGCCAUUUAUUUUGUUUAAUCUAAAAAGAGUAUACUAUUAAGUCUAUUUCAAUGACUUUGUCUUAAGAAAAUAUAGGUCUUUCACGAAAACAGGUCGUUCGUCCUGCACUUUGUGGCUUGUGACUGUCAAGUUUUGCACGUGGGGAUGUAUUGCCCACGUGUUCACGGUGUUGCGAUGCCAUGACUACCCGGACAGAAGGGGUUCAUGUUGAGUUAGUGAUAUGGCCACUCGAAGAUCUAGACUUCAGUUCCGACCUAAUGUCGGCCCUAAAACCAGCAAAGGUCAGUCUGCACCUACAAGUUCAAGACCUGAACGCAAGCCCAAAGAAAGUGAUUCCACAGUUGUCCCAUCUGUUGAACCUACAACAGAUGUGCAGCCUACUUCAACAGGUCAGACUGCUUCAGAAGUCUCAAAUGUUGAUGGCCCAGCAACAGAAGUGCAGUCUGCUCCAGCAUCUGAAACCAUUAAAAAUCAACCAACUAAUGAAGCCACAAUUCUGAAUAAUCAGUCCACUGGGCAGGAGAGUCCUGAGGUAGAACAACAGAGUGUUACUGAGAAGACCGAUUCAGAAAAGCCAGAAAAAGCAGAAGUUGUCAAAAUAGAUGAUGUGGCACCUGUUGUCAAACCUGAAGUAAAGCCAAAGGGUAGAAGUCGAUUUCCCAAGGCCCGUCCAAACCUUGCUGAUUCUGGCCGUCCAAAAAUAUCACGAACACCCACCUCACAGGUAGUUACCACAGUCCCAGGUCCAACGAAUGUCUCAGCCUUACCUGUUCCCCCACCUGAACCUGUCGGCACCAAGGAGACGCCCACACCCACCAGCCCAGUGAAACAAAGCACAACCAAGAACGUGGAACUGCCAAAAUUGAGUGUUGAACAUGAGGUAAACAUUGCUCAGAGUGAGAAGAGUGGAGAAGAACCAGUGGAAUCCAGACCAGUUGGUGUACAGCGCAAACUCAGUGACUCUACAGACAAGAGGGUUAAUGCUGUACUGGAAAAGAAGGUUAAUGUCACAACAGAGAAACGUAAAGAGCAUCAUUCUCACCGCCGCCUGCCCUCAGAAUACGAGCCUCCUAAUCGACAGAAGUUGACAAUGGGAGACCUCAUUUACUGGAACCCACGGAAAAAUGUUCUUAAGCCAAAAACGAAGAAUAAACCUACAACGAACUCACCAAAGACUCAACCAGCGACAGCCCCGGUUCCUGCAUCCCGCAAAACGGAAGCGGUGGAUGCAGAGAAUGAUGACGGGGAGGACGACUCAAUGCCGGUCCCACAGGUGAAGAUCGGACCCGACGGAAACAUAAUACUCAAUGAGGAAAGUUUAGUGAUUGACAACCAGGAGAAAGACAAAAGCCAAGAGAUGGAAAUUGUAGAGGAAGAUGAAAGUCGACCCUGUGGUGGUUUCUAUGGCAACAGAAUCCAGUCUCGCAGAUGGAAUGUGAUGGAGACAAAGCAGUUCUACCGAGCCCUUGCCACUGUUGGAACAGACUUCACCAUGCUCAUGAAACUGUUUCCUGAUCGCUCUCGCAAAGAAAUAAAGAACAAAUUCAAGAAAGAAGAAAAGUAUCACCGUGUUUUGAUUGAUAAAGCAAUAGAUCAGCGACAGAAGUUCGACAUGGCGAUCCUGGAGAAGUUUGAGCAGGAGCGGCGAGACUACCUGGAGUUUGUCAAGUCGGAGGAGCUGAGGGUGAAGCAGCAGAAGAUCGACGCACGGCUCGAGAAGAAGAAACUGCGCGAGGAGAAACGCAAACAGAGGAUAAUGAAGGAAAACAAGCUGCGGAGGUCACACAGGAAGAGACGAAAGACGGUGUUUGACGACGUACCAGAUGACCUGGAAGAGAUGUCUACUGAUAGGGGUAUCAAGGUCAUUGAUGAACUGCACUCAAAGCGUGAAGAAGUGGUGGAGAUCCUCAUCAACAUGAGUUAUGGCUGCCCAUCUCGCCAGGAGACUGUCGACAGCAGUGAUGAGGGAGAAAAACCAUUCACAGAAGUACUUCCGUUCAUCCCCAAUAGUGUAAAACCUGUCAACAGGAAUGUUAAAGAAGUUCUAGCCACCGACAUCCAGGAGGACUCGACAGUUGAUCUGGAAGUGUGCACCACUCCAAUGAAAGAGUCUUCCAGUGAACUCUCAUCAUCUCAGGAUGCCAUUCACUGUGUGGAAGACAUGCAGGAAAUGCCGCGACCGACACCACCUGUGGUUCUGGUACAGCAUUUACAGCAUUUCAGUAAUUCUUCUGAAGGUGUGAGACCGACAUCACAUGAAAUUCAGUUACAGGACUCACAACCUCCAGAUCAUUCUCAAGCUGCAAGACCAACACCACCUGUAGUUCAGUUACAGCACCCAGAGUUGUCAGGCAAUUCUGCUGAAGCUGCUGCCAGGCUGCAGGAGGAGAUGGCUGACAAUAAGGUUCAGAUGAUUCUUGUACCCGAAGAGUCUGCUGGUCAGACAGUGAUUCACGUGUACAUUGUGCCCGAAGGUGCAGACAGUGUAACCGUGGAUGGUCGAACCGUUUUGUUGUCCCCAACUCACACUCCGUGCUCUAGUCAGAUGAUGUCACCACGAUACAGUGCAGCUUCUCCCGGUGAUGUCAGAUCCAGGCAUUCCUCAUCUUCCUCAUUGUUGUUGCCCCCAAGUCAGCAUCAGACAUGUAGUCCAGCACCAUGUGUUUCACUUGAUGUAUCUCAUAGCAAUAAUGGUAAAACUAAAGGAACAAAGAACUCGGAAAAACAGUCAUUUUCAGGAGAUCUGUUACAAAAAACUGGAGUCAGACUUGUAAAUAAAAUAGAUGAUCAUAGUUUAUCUCGGCACAGUCACACUGGUAGAACAUCCUUUGAAUUUAGCUCAUCUUCCAUCUCAGCAUUGCAGCAAAAAGCUUUGAAGAUUGAGAAGCCAGUGACUCCCUUGAGUCCUCAACUUUGUGGAUCUUCUCGGAGCCGACCUUGUCCUCAAACACAAGUAGAACCCAUCUUUCAGAUUUCCUCAGCACAAAACGUGUUCACACCUUUACCUCCACCUUCUAAGAUCAGAAAAUUAUCACCCAGACCGGAGGAAGUGCAAUCUAGUUCCAGUUCCAUGGCAUAUGUUAAUCCAUCUGAGUCAGAAUCAUCAUCAUGCCAUGAGUUGAUGAAGAGAAAAUCUCCUAAAAGAUAUCCAUCUACAACUGUUGAAAUUGCCACUCUUACAAACAUAGUUAAACAAGAAGGGGACCCAUGCAUUCUCUCUGAUGGUUCAGUCUCCCCACAACAGGAGAAGGUUCAUCCUGCUUGUAGUUUUAAGAACAGUUCCCAAGAACAGGGCCCAUUCAUAGCUGGUAAUGGUUUUGGUUCUGUGGAAAUGGAUGGCACGGGUUCCUCACAGGAACAUCAUGUUUCCACUGUAGUGAUGUCCGAGGACUGUUUGACUGGUAAUGCAGAGUCACCUGCAGUAGAUAAGUUGUCCUUUGAGUCAGUGGAACAUUACUCAGGGAUUGUUUGUGAACCUCCCCCGAGAACUGUCGUGGUAGAUGGUUCUGGUGACACUGCCGACAUUGUUCCAUAUCAGAGUGAUGUGAUUGUGAAAGAUGAUUCAUCUUAGCGAACGUUGAUCAGUGUAACUGUUGGGCAUUAUAAGGAAGAUUUUGUUUUAAAAGUGCAAUUAGAAAUUUUAUUAAUCAUGAAAUAAUGGAUUUUUUGUUUGUUUUUUGGAAUGUGCAAUUAUGAAGAUCUAAAAAGAAAUAUAUAAAUCAUAAUAGAAAGACAUGUAGAAGUCAUACCUGCCUUAGUUUACUUACGACACAUACUGGUAUAGUAUCCGUAGAUUUCAAGGCCAUUGUCAAAUUUCUAUAAAAAGGAACCUACAUGUAUGGGAGACCUUAGUUUUACAAUAAUAUGUUCAUAGGUUUACAAUUCAUUGUAAGGAAACAGCUUUUUAUUUAGUAAAGUGAUGUACCAGUAUUAUUGAUAGGUAGAGGUCAACAACAGAUAUUUCGGAGAAAACGUUUUAAAUGAUCAUAACACAACAUUUUUAAAAUAGUAUUAUAAGAGUUACUGGAUUAUAAAGGCACCUUGUUUUAAGAUGAAACCGAGAAACAAGAAACAUAACGUCAAAUAUCGUUGCUUAUAAGAAAAACGAUGGAUUGGUUGGCUGGGUAGAUAUAAAAAAUUUAAGGGGCAGGACAUGUUAAGAAUUCUAUUUAUUAUAUUUAUUAAGGUAUUGGGUCAUUUUCUGGUGGUGGGGGUGGAGGUGCUGAAACAUACAAACAAUAAGACUAGCUGCAUAACUUCAUGUAUUUUAGUAAUUGAAUCAUUGGUGGAUUUGGGGGAAAUUACAGGCAAAACUUUUCACUAAACGAUUAUCCAGACAUAUUUUUUUCUGUGUUUAAAGGCAUAUUGUCACAGACUACUGACCUAUUUAAUGGUCUAACAAAGUAUUACCUGAACAAAAAAAAUUGAUUUGUCUCUAAAUGUACUUUAUUCAACCAUC